CUAUCCGUGGACCCUCCCACUAGUGGAAGAGUGACACGCCAUUCAAUUGCUGCCUGGCCCGCUGCAUGUAGGAAACAGGAGGGAGCUUUGAGCACAAGGAUAUCUUACUAUCAGGCAGGAGGAGGGAGAAAACCCGGCUACAGUGAAGCAAAAGUUGGACGAAUCGCGUCGACAUGGGGAUCCGAAAAAAGACUAACAAGAAUCCGCCGGUGCUGAGCCAUGAGUUUGUCAUCCAGAACCAUGCAGAUAUUGUUUCCUGUGUUGCUAUGGUGUUUCUCCUCGGCUUGAUGUUUGAGGUCACCUCUAAGUUUGCAGUCUUCUUCAUAACUGUCCAGUACAACGUCACCAUAUCAACAAAUGAAGCACCAGAGGAAACUGCCGUGAACCACUUCCACCACGGGAUCAAGGACUUGGCAACUAUCUUCUUCUACAUGCUGGUGGCUAUCAUAAUGCAUGCCAUUAUCCAGGAGUAUGUGCUGGACAAAAUCAACAGGAAGAAGCACUUCUCCAAAACCAAACACAGCAAGUUCAAUGAGUCCGGCCAGCUCAGCGCCUUCUACCUCUUCUCCUUUGGUUGGGGCACAAGCAUCCUGCUCUCUGAAAACUUCCUGUCCAAUCCAGUCAGCCUGUGGGAGGGUUAUCCGCAUACACUGAUGCCAUUCCAGAUGAAAUUCUACUACAUCUGUCAGCUGGGCUACUGGCUGCAUGCUCUACCGGAGCUGUAUUUCCAAAAGACAAAGAAGGAGGAUAUUCCACGCCAGCUUGUGUACAUCUCCCUGUACCUGGUGCACAUCGCUGGCGCCUACAUUCUAAACCUGAACCGCCUGGGUCUGGUCCUCCUUGUGUGUCAUUACUUUGUCGAGCUUCUGUUCCACAUUUCCCGUCUGAUCUACUUCAGCAAUGAGAACAGGCAACUGGGUUUCACCAUUUGGGCGGUCUUGUUUGUCCUCGGACGGCUGCUCACCCUGUCCCUAUCUGUCCUCACCGUGGGCUUUGGCCUCUCCACAGCUGAGAACCAAGGUUUCGAUUGGGCCGCAGGAAACUUUAACGUCCUUUUUGUUCGGGUAACUGUCCUGGCCGCCAUCUGCCUCACACAGGCCUUUAUGAUGUGGAAAUUUAUCAACUUUCAGCUGCGCCGGUGGAGAGAGCAUGCCCAAGCUCAGACCUUGAAAAAGAAACAAGCUCCUUCCAAGAGCAAAUCAAAGAAAGACAAAGCCAACGGAGUAAAUGGAGUUAACUCUCACCAAGCUGAUUCACCAAGAGCCAGAAAAGAGAAAUCCUCAUAAAACAUUCCUCUCAGCCCUUUCCAUCGCUUCCCCACCUCAGAGAACUCUCCUCUCACUCUCUGUCCCUUCCUCACGUCCGGCCCAGCAGAUCCUCCGGCUCCUUGAUCUACAACACGCAUCUUCAGCUCCCACACACGACUGACCUCCCAGCUGGACUUCAAGGACCAGAAUGCAGCUUCGCUUCUCAUCCAGCACACCGUCAUUUCUGAAUCUUUGCCCCGCUGUGCUAUUGUGAAUGAAAAGAAAACCAAUUAAGAAAAUAAACUA